CGCUUACCAUGCACGAUGUGAAGAACGAAAGCAUGCACACCGAUGUGGCCAAGUUUAUUCAAUUCGUUAAAACGUAAUGUUAUGUAAUUGUUGUGUUAGUCUUCACGUCGGAAUAUGUCUUCAAAGAAGAAGCAUGGAUCAAAUCAUCAAUUGACCCAUUUGAUAUACCGGCAUUUGAAGGAGAACGGCUUCCAGAAAGCUGCAGAAGAACUCAAAGAGCAUGUGAAGAAGGUCGCUAUAUCUAUCCGUUUCAUACUUCAUACAUUGUAACAUGUAUCACUCCAUUAAGGGAAACUUUGCAACAUAUUGUGAGAUUUGUACUUCCAGAACGGUGUCGUUGUUACAAUGUAAUAACAUAGUUGUAACAGUGUAGUUAGCUAGCGUGAGGAACAGCCGGAGCAGCGCUUGAACAAGAGUCUACCUAUGGGCUCUACACUACUGUGCCAGUACCAUGAAGGCCCAGACCUCUUGGUAGAGACUGUAGACUGUACUUGGAGACUACACUAAUAGAUUUAACUUUGCUGUGUUGGCUGUCUUGUGUUUAUUAUGUAGCCAGCUAGCUAGAUUUCCCUGUGUCUGAUUUUGUUUCUCUUAAUAUUUUGUCUAGGGCAGAGAACCAGAAGCUUUGUCAACUUCACUACUGGACAUCUACAAUAAAUGGUUUGGAGAGUGAGUAGCUAGCCUAUAGGUUCUCUCAAAAUACAAGCCAUUCUUUUGUCUGAUUAACUGACCUCAUUGCAUUGGGUUGAUUUUGACAUUCAACUGUGUUCUUCAGUGCUUCCAAGAGCACAAAGACGGGAACAGAACCAGAUUCUUCUGAGUUAAAAAAGGACCGUCAAGCAGACCCUGAAAGCAGCACAGAGAUCUCGAGUUCAGAAGAGACAACACCUGUUAAAGGUACAGGCUUUUUUCAGUAGCCGUGUAGGUGACCAUUGUAAACAACAACUAAGAAGUUAGUAGAUUGCUCCUCAACAUUCUCAUGUGGUUUAAGUCUGAAGAUCAUGUAUGUAUUUCUUGUUCCUUGCUUUUGUCUUUCCAGCCUCCCAGACCCCAAAGCCUCAGAGCCCAGCUAAGGCCAGCCCAGCUAAGGCCAAGACUGCAGUGCAGAGAACUCUUGGAGGGAAGGGGAUAGUAGUCGAGGAGAGCACUGGGACAGACAGCUCAGAGGACUCUGAGAGUGAAGAGACACCGCCACAGGUAAGCAAGCACAGACGUAAACACACUGGUAAGCACACAGGUGAAUACCAAUAGAGGGACAUGAUGACAAAUCAAAUAUAAACUCUUCUUCUCCCUGUUGUUACUGAUGGAGUCCUCUCUUCCUCUCCUCUGCUGUUUACAGAAAAGCCCUGCUGCGCCCAAAGCCAAUCAUGUUCCAGCUGCAAAGGUCAAGGCCAGGUCAGAGGUCACACCAUCGACCCCAACCAAGGCCAAGCUAACAACCACUUCCACGCCUAAGUCUGGGGCCUCCAGCCAUACCACUGAUACGUCUUCAGACAGUGAAGAGGAAACAACAGUGGUGAGUUCAUCUAUUCCUUUGUAGCAUAUUCUAAACCUUUCUUUAGAUUCACAAAUAAAACCCUUUGUGUAAAGAUUGUGUCACAUCUCUAAUUGUCUCAACAUUGAUUCAGAAAACACCCUUGACGCCAACGGCAACACCAGUGACACCAACCAGUAAACCAACAUCAACAGCCAAGACGAAAGCUACUCCAGCUAAAGCAGUGGUUGUUGCUACUCCAAGCAAGGCCAAGGCAACAACUACUGCCACACCUAAAUCUACAGCACCCGAGUCAUCCAGUUGCAGCAGUGACUCGUCAGACAGCGAUGAGGAGAGUCCAGCAGUGGUGAGUUUACCACUCUGGAGUGUUGAUACAUUUUAAUGAUAUGUUACAUUCACUAAUUAAACCCUGAAUGAAAUGUUUUAAUUCGCCUUUUUUUUACACCGAUUUAGAAAACACCCACAACACCAAAAACAACACCUGCAAAACCAGUAACACCAAUUAGUAAAACAACAUCAACGGCCAAGCCAACAACCAAAUCGAAGACUACAGCGCCAGAGUCUUCCAGUGACAGCAGUGAUUCAUCAUCAGACAGCGAAGAGGAGAGUCCAGCAACGGUGAGUUGGUAUUAGUCUAUUCCUGUGCAGUAUGGAAUAAUCUGUAUGUUUUCUUCAGAUAUUUCAUCAUUAAUAUCUGUCUUCACACUGAUUCAGACAACAGCUGCAACCCCGAAAACUACAUCAGUGACGCAACAGAAACCAACAUCAACAGCCAAGUCAAAAGCCCCUCCGGCUACCCCGGUUAAACCAGUGAUUGCUGCCACUCCAAGCAAGACCCCAGCUAGUAAGGAGUCCAGUGACAGCAGUGAUUUAUCAGACAGCGAGGAGGAAAGUCCAGCAACGGUGAGUUUUUUAAAACCAAAACAUGUUUUUUUGUCCUGUAGAAUUAUCUUAUAUUUUCUUACCCUCUCAAAUGAAACAAUGGUUUGAAUAUUAUCUUCAUAUCAAACUGAUUCAGAAAACAACCACAACACAGGCGAAACCCACUAAACCUGCUACCCCAGCUAAAGCAGCGACUGUUGCCCCUCCAAGCAAGGCCAAGGCAACAGCCACUGUCACAGCCAAGACUACAACAGCAGAGUCAUCUAGUGACAGCAGUGACUCGUCAGACAGCGAAGAGGAGAGUCCAGCAGUGGUGAGUUUACCACUCUGGAGUGUUGAUACAUUUGAAUGAUAUAUUACAUUCACUAAUUAAACCCUGAAUGAAAUGUUUUAAUUCGCCUUUUUUUUUACACUGAUUUAGAAAACACCCACAACACCAAAAGGAACACCUGCAAAACCAGUAACACCAAUUAGUAAAACAACAUCAACGGCCAAGCCAACAACCAAAUCGAAGACUACAGCGCCAGAGUCUUCCAGUGACAGCUGUGAUUCAUCAUCAGACAAUGAAGAGGAAGGUCCAACAGUGGUGAGUUUUUUUAAAAGACUUGAAAAAACCAAAAUCAUUUCUGUAUAAUUAUCUGUAUGUGUUCUUAGUCUCGCAUGAUAAACAUAGGUUUAAACAUUUUCUUCAUAUUACACAAUUUAGAAAACACAGACGGCGCCAGUGAAGCAACAGACAGCAACAUCAACAGCCAAGAUGAAAGCCACCCCAGUUAAACCAGUGGUUGCUGCUACCCAAAACAAGACCCCAGUUAGGAAGAAGUCCAGUGACAGCAGUGAUUCAUCAUCAGACAGCGAAGAGGAGAGUCCCGCAACGGUGAGUUGGUAUUAGUCUAUUCCUGUGCAGUAUGGAAUAAUCUGUAUGUUUUCUUCAGAUAUUUCAUCAUUAAUAUCUGUCUUAACACUGAUUCAGACAACAGCUGCCACUCUGAAAACUACAUCAGUGACGCAACAGAAAGCAACAUCAACAGCCAAGUCAAAAGCCCCUCCGGCUACCCCGGUUAAACCAGUGAUUGCUGCCACUCCAAGCAAGACCCCAGCUAGUAAGGAGUCCAGUGACAGCAGUGAUUUAUCAGACAGCGAAGAGGAAAGUCCAGCAACGGUGAGUUUUUUAAAACCAAAAUAUGUUUUUUUGUCCUGUAGAAUUAUCUUAUAUUUUCUUACCCUCUCAAAUGAAACAAUGGUUUGAAUAUUAUCUUCAUAUCGAACUGAUUCAGAAAACAACCACAACACAGGCGAAACCCACUAAACCUGCUACCCCAGCUAAAGCAGCGACUGUUGCCCCUCCAAGCAAGGCCAAGGCAACAGCCACUGUCACAGCCAAGACUACAACAGCAGAGUCAUCUAGUGACAGCAGUGACUCGUCAGACAGCGAAGAGGAGAGUCCAGUAACGGUGAGUUUACCACUCUGGAGUGUUGAUGCAUUUUAAUGAUAUAUUACAUUCACUAAUUAAACCCUGAAUGAAAUGUUUUAAUUCGCCUUUUUUUUUUCACUGAUUUAGAAAACACCCACAACACCAAAAGGAACACCUGCAAAACCAGUAACACCAAUUAGUAAAACAACAUCAACGGCCAAGCCAACAACCAAAUCGAAGACUACAGCGCCAGAGUCUUCCAGUGACAGCUGUGAUUCAUCAUCAGACAAUGAAGAGGAAGGUCCAACAGUGGUGAGUUUUUUUAAAAGACUUGAAAAAACCAAAAUCAUUUCUGUAUAAUUAUCUGUAUGUGUUCUUAGUCUCGCAUGAUAAACAUAGGUGUAAACAUUUUCUUCAUAUUACACAAUUUAGAAAACACAGACGGCGCCAGUGAAGCAACAGACAGCAACAUCAACAGCCAAGAUGAAAGCCACCCCAGUUAAACCAGUGGUUGCUGCUACCCAAAACAAGACCCCAGUUAGGAAGAAGUCCAGUGACAGCAGUGAUUCAUCAUCAGACAGCGAAGAGGAGAGUCCCGCAACGGUGAGUUGGUAUUAGUCUCUUCCUGUGCAGUAUGGAAUAAUCUGUAUGUUUUCUUCAGAUAUUUCAUCAUUAAUAUCUGUCUUAACACUGAUUCAGACAACAGCUGCCACUCUGAAAACUACAUCAGUGACGCAACAGAAAGCAACAUCAACAGCCAAGACGAAAGCCCCUCCGGCUACCCCGGUUAAACCAGUGGUUGCUGCUACUCCAAGCAAGACCCCAGCUAGUAAGGAGUCCAGUGACAGCAGUGAUUUAUCAGACAGCGAAGAGGAAAGUCCAGCAACGGUGAGUUUUUUAAAACCAAAACAUGUUUUUUUGUCCUGUAGAAUUAUCUUAUAUUUUCUUACCCUCUCAAAUGAAACAAUGGUUUGAAUAUUAUCUUCAUAUCAAACUGAUUCAGAAAACAACCACAACACAGGCGAAACCCACUAAACCUGCUACCCCAGCUAAAGCAGCGACUGUUGCCCCUCCAAGCAAGGCCAAGGCAACAGCCACUGUCACAGCCAAGACUACAACAGCAGAGUCAUCUAGUGACAGCAGUGACUCGUCAGACAGCGAAGAGGAGAGUCCAGCAGUGGUACGUUUUGAAGAGUUCAUAUAUCCCUGUGUAGUGUGAAAUAAUCUUCAUAAUUCUCUUUACACAUUUCUUCACUGUUGUAUCUGUCUUUACAAUGAUUCAGACAACAGCUGCCACACCAAAAGCUACACCAGUGAAGCAAUCAAAACCAACAUCAACAGCCAGGACGAAAGCCCCUCCGGCUACCCCAGUUAAACCAGUGGUUGCUGCUACUCCAAGCAAGACCCCAGCUAGUAAGAAGUCCAGUGAUAGCAUUGAUGCGUCAUCAGACAGUGAAGAAGAGGGUCCAGCAGCAGUGAGUUUUAAAGAGUUAAUCAGAUCCUGGCUGUAUAAUAAUCUAUCCUUUAUAUAUCUAUGAAUAAUAUCUAUGAACGUUUGUGUCUCAUUUUCAUCAUCGUCACACUGUUGUGGCCCACAAUCUCAACACCAAAAGCCAUACCAGUGAUUCCAGCGAGUCCAGCAAUAGGAGGACUCUGGGUUGAAAUUAAACACUGGGUUGAAUAUUUUCUUUAUAUUACAUUGAUUCAGAAAAAAGCCGCGACAGCAGCCCCUCCUGCUAACCCAGCUAAAGCAUCGACUGUUGCCCCUCCAAGCAAGGCCAAAGCAACAGCCACUGUCACAGCCAAGACUACAACAGCAGAGUCAUCUAGUGACAGCAGUGACUCGUCAGACAGCGAAGAGGAGAGUCCAGUAACGGUGAGUUGGUAUUAGUCUAUUCCUGUGCAGUAUGGAAUAAUCUGUAUAUUUUCUUCAGAUAUUUCAUCAUAAAUAUCUGUCUUAACACUGAUUCAGACAACAGCUGCAACCCCGAAAGCUACACCAUUGAAGCAACAGAAAGCAACAUCAACAGCCAAGUCAAAAGCCCCUCCGGCUACCCCGGUUAAACCAGUGAUUGCUGCCACUCCAAGCAAGACCCCAGCUAGUAAGGAGUCCAGUGACAGUAGUGAUUCAUUAUCAGACAGCGAGGAGGAAGGUCCAGCAACGGUGAGUUUUAAAAGUGAAUAUAUUGCUGGUAUAUAUAAUAGUCCGUCGCUAAUAUUUUCCUGAAUACUGUCUAUGAACGUUUGUGUCUUAUUUGAUUCAUCUUCACACUGCUGUAGACAACAACCUCAAAACCAAAAGCAACACCAGUGACACCAGCGAAACAAGCAAAACUGAAAGUCACUCCUGCUACUCCAGCUAAGCCAGUUGUUGCUGCUACACCAAGCAAGGCCCAGGCAACACCCACUGUCACACCUACAAGGACAGCACCAGAGUCGUCCAGUGACAGCAGUGACUCACCAUCAGACAUCCCAGAUGAAGCCCCAGCGAAGCAGGCUGAGGUUGAACUUAAGACCCCUGCUUCAGCCAAGAAGGCCCAGAGUUGGGGGAAGGGAAAGAAAACGGCUUCUAAGGACCUACUCCUACUGCUGAACAGUCUCUCUGUAAGAUCAAUAUACCUCUUCCUGUUCAAACCAGGAGCUAUGAGAUGUAGAUUAUGAUUAGCCUUAUUCUAACCUUUUGAUAUUCCUUCACCAGUCACCCACAGCUAAAGCCACUGAGAAGAAGCGUGGUAGAAGUGGAGACUCCUCAGUUGAGGAAACUCCAGCUGUUACAGUAACCCCUGCUGGUAUGUACUGGUGUUAUGGUGCAGGGUUUUUGUGCAAACUCCUCUGUGGCCCUAUGUGUGUUCUGCAUUGAUGGUCUUCAUUACUGUAUGUUUUUUUGUCUCUGUUUCUUGUUUGUAGUUGCUCCAGCCACAUCUAAAGGAAAGAAGGUGGCCGCAAAAGACAAGAAAGCAACCUCAUCGAAAAAAUCCCAAGUACAGAUACUAACUCACUGUAUUAAAUUGCAUUGACUUAUUUUCUUAUAUGUAUAUGCUCAUUGGGAACCAUAUCCUCAAGUGUUUGUUAGCUAGAUCAUUCUGUGUAACUGAAUUCUUCUUACCAACCCUUGUUUCAGGCCUCAGCUCCAUCAGCCAAGAGGAAAAGAGGGGAAGACAAACCAGGGGACACGCCCGUUAAAGGCAAAAAGAAGAAGCCCUCCCCUGAGACUGUCAUGGCUGCCCUGCCUCUGACCCUUCUUGGUCCUCCUCCUACAGGGGGAGACGACUCUAGCUCAGACUCUGACACCGAUCUGGACGUGGAGAAGUGGAAGAGACUGGCACUGGAACUGUCAGGUGAGAGAGAGGGAAAAACUGUGGAAAAGGAGGAGGGCGAGUGAGGGUCAGGCGAAAGAGAGGGAAGGGGGAGGGAGACCGAGGAAGAGAGCAGGAGGAAGAUUAGUGGACAAAGAGGGGUUGUGAGUCAGAGAGCGGGGGAGGAUUCAAAAGCGUCAUAACAGCCAGAAGACACACAGCAUCACCCUUUAAUAACUUAAUUAUGGAAUAAUUUUGUGAGUCAAUAUAAACAGAACUGUAUGAUGUCUUUUAUGUAAAGUACAGGUGUUGACAGUUGAGAGUUCAGAGUAGGUCUCCAAGGUAGCCAUGUUGUUUAUUUACUGUCUACCCACCUCUCUGUCCACAGACACUGACAUCGGCAAAAUGGACACCUUCACUGCGCUGAACGCUCCACCUGCUCCUGCCUCAGCAGCGAAGAAAACAAGAGCCCCGAGGAAGCCCAGGACUAAAGCUGCACCGAAAACGCCCCCCAAACCCAGGGCUAAAGCUGCACCGAAGACACCUAAACCCAAGGCUGGCGCUGCAGUGAAAAAGGCUAGUCCUGCUAAAAAGGUCAAGACUACAGCUGAAAAGGAAGAUGGGGCUGAGGGGAAAGGGAAGACCAAGACACCAGCAAAAGCCAGUAAAGCCAAGUCCAGUCAGGCUAAGAAGGCAGCACUUCCCACCCUAUCAGUCAAAACACCUCCCACCCCAUCCCCUGAAGGCCAAGCAGAGGAGAUCAACAAUAAUAAUGCCGACCUUACGACUGUGGCAGACAAACAGCCACCCUCCACGCCUGCUACCACAACACCUAAUGGAAAACUAUCAGCCAAGAAAGGUAAGAGGAAAAAUGGGAACAACAAUGAGACUAAAGCAGAUGAGAAUCCACCAGAACCCAAAAAGAAGAAGAAAAGGGAGACCGGCGAAGAGAAGACUGAUGAAAAGAAAACUGAGACUGUAGAAGAGAAGGAACCAGAGAAGGAAAAGAAGAAAAAGAAGAAGACGACUAAGGAGAAUGGGGCAGGAAAGGAGAAGAAGGAAAAGAAGAAGAAACAGGAGAAGAUGAGAAAGGAGAAUGAGACUAAGAUGGAACCGGAAAAGGAAAAGAAGAAGAAGAAAACUAAUGAGAACUGUGUUGACAAGGACCCACCACCUCCAUCCACCACAGUAACACCUGAUCCUCCAACAAAGAAGAAAAGUGAGUGACUCUUCCUUUAAAAACCUUGUUUCAGAGAGUGAAAAAAAUAUGAUUCUAUAUUAUUCUAUACUGAAAGUGAUUGUGUAAUAAAAUGUAUAUAAAUAAAAACUCUACAGAGAAGAAAAAGCUUAAACUCUCAGAGACUGCAGUGGCUGAGAUGCCAGUCACCCCUGCCCAAGACUCCAUCCCUGUACAGCAUCCUCCAGCACCCACAGAGACCCCUCCUAAAAAGGUAAGGAAGUUCACCUCAUCUUCAUCAUCAAGGCGCAGAAGUUAUAGCUAGACAGACACACAUGCUUUUUCUUGACCUUCCAUUCCAGCAUGCUUAUACUACUCACUGCAUGCCUCAGCUCAAUACCUAUAACUGGCAAAAAUAACAGAGCCCUAAAUGUUUUGGGUUUUAUUCUCCUCAGAAAAAUAAAUAAUCUAAGAGUAAGUAAGGCCUUUAAAGAUGAAGACCAUCUACAAGGGGUUUUCUCAAGUGUGUGGACCUGGACCCGUUCUACCUAAAUGGUAGUGGAGCAGUAACGGGUGAAGACUGUCCGUCCACACAAUGGUGUCCCUAGACCAGAUCAACUGGGGAUUUGUUCUUUUUUUUUACAACAUUGUAUACUGUAACAAAUGAACACUUUUCCUGUUUUGCUAAAGUUGAAACAGUGUUUUUUAGCCUAUUUGUUUAUCACAUUUUUUAACUGUACAGUUUCAAACUGUAGUUUCCUAUUUGAAGAUGGCAUACUAUGUGAUGUACUGCAGCUGUUUUUAUGUGUUUUCUUGCAUGUUCUUGUGACAGCGAUAAACAGAAUGAUUCAUGGAAAUGUUAAGUUUAUGACAGCAUCUGCUGCUUUGUCUCACAUGGUGGAUAAGGCCGAUCCUAAAUGGAGGGAAUGAUCAUGAACCUCAAUACAGUAAUGAAACCCAGAGCCAUUGCUUAACCCCAACACCCUAGUAAUGAAUACAUAAUAUGAAUGGUA